AUGAGCACGGCGCUAUGCCAACUCGCAACUCGCCGUCAAGUGCCAGAGCUCAUCGACACCUCUUGGUCGCGUCGCUCAUCCGCCGACCCUCGGUUGCGUCCCGAGGAUAUUGGUUUAGUUCUUGAUGAUUUGCCAACAUUUACCUGCUUCGGGGAUAUCAUUGCUGUAGCCCAACUCAUACGUGACAUCGCGAAGGCUCUCGACGAGGUUCGCGGCGCCUCGCAUGACUAUCGCGCCUUCGUGCAGCAACUUCACAAUACGGCCAGCGUUCUCGACGAGGCCUACCGUGUCAUUCGCGAUAUCGCCGACGGCUCUCUACAAGCUGCCAUCAUAGACGAAGUCCAAGCGUGUUAUGUGGACCUGGACCGCGCCACGGAGCGCACGACCGGCUUCGAAGCCCUCUUGUUCAGCAAAACCUCCCAUGCAUCCGGGCUGCAUAAGCUACGCGAUCGCCUGUCUCGGCGAUCCAAGAUGUUGCAGUGGCAUUUUCAGAGAUCGUCUGAUAUGAACGACUGGAAUCGAAGCUUUCAUAAUCGUUGUGUCCGUAUUCAGACCCUUCUGAGCUUGUAUAAUAUUGAAAGCACCCACGACAAUGCUCAGACGCAAUUGACGACUCUCCGCGACGACAUCGCUGUUCUAUCGAGGACCAAUGUGCAUCAUCUGAGCGAUAUCGGCACUGACAUCCGCGCCGCUGUCGUGGACGCGUCUACGACUUGGGUCGCACAUAGCGACCAGCAGCAGUCUGAGGUACUCCGUGCGAUCGACGCAGGUACCCUCGCCACAUCAACAUUCAUCGCAGAGAGCGUGCGCAACAUGCGGGAUGACAUAGACAGCCGUCUUCGCAUAACCACUCAGGUGUCUGUGCACCAAGCUCUCCCCUCCGACAAGGUCUCGGACUCAGAUCCACGUUGGAUGACCGUGGCAUUCCCGGUAUUGGUGUCUUGGGUCGCUCUUUUCACAGUCGAAACUGAGUUUGCCGCCCCUGGCACGCGCUGGCACUCUCGCACUCUUUGGUCAGCGAUAUUUACUCUCGUGCUUUAUAGCUUGUGGAUGGGCCACUUCCAGCGGCGUUCCUCGAUCCCCCUCGCCGUUCAAUAUGGGAAGGAGAACAGCAUCAUCUUCAUUGACUUCGUCGGGAGUCAUCUGCCUCUACCAUUGGAGCUAUGCGGGACCAUGACAGACUUCCGCGAGUUUCUCCAUCUUCUCUUCAAGAAGGAUCAGCGCAAGGGAUGGUCCUUCAUUCGCAUUGGAGCAUACGAGAUGACGGAAGGGACGUCGGCAACCGUCUUGACGGCGUCGUCUUGGUCCUCACUUGUGCGGGUUGGUGCUGAGAUUCAGCUUGGCGCUCUUAUUCGGCGGGAGGGAAAGGAGGCAGACACUCUUGUGUGCCCUUAUUGCGACGUGGAGACGUUCCAAACCCCAACCACACCUUCAGAUGACUGGAUAUUCUGCAUGGCCUGCCGGAGGUCCUUUCAAGAAAGCACAACUCGAGAGACGGUCUCCGUUGAAUACACGUCGUAUCCAACGUCCGAAACCUCCGAGGAACUCAGCCUUUACAGCGCAACGGAUGAAGCCCCUACGGACGCCGUACCCGAUCCGACUUCACUUUCACGGGCCCUCACAGUCCAAACAUCGACGUUUACUUCUAGCGGGAAUAGUCGCGACGAAUCGAAAGAAAGCAUCGUCGACUUCAAACUCGUUCGCGUAUUGCGGGUCAUCGUCGAGUAUAAUGGCUCCCAGUUCUCCUUUACCACCACGAGUCGGGUCUUAGCCGAGCACGGCGGUGAGGAUCAAUCGCUUGAUGUCUCGAUCGAUACCGAUGAUUCUGCUUCUGAUUCGGACGACUCCUCGGACUUUUGGAAUAGAAGGGUCCAAGGCCCGGUUACUCAGGCCACAGAUCGGGAAAGGAGGAGCACGAGGCUUUGGGGUAGUACGGAUGACUGGUUUCCUCCUGGUAGCGAGGAGAGGCCGCGUGAAGAGCCGGCCUCUGUGCAACAUUUGGCCCACAAGUGGAUACGCGGCGAGCUAAUCGGAAAAGGCAACUUUGGGCGCGUCUACCUCGCUAUGGAUGCUCCCUCGGGAGAAAUCAUUGUCGCAAAGCAAGUCGAGAUUCCGCGCAUCGUCUCAGAACGAGGAGACGAGCAGAGAACAAACGCCCUCGAAGCACUCAUGCGCGAGUGUGAGACGCUCAAGAACCUCGACCACCCGAAUGUCGUGCACUAUAUGGGAUUCGAGAAGACUUUCGCGAUCAUGAGUCUCUUCAUGGAGUAUGUCUCGUUCGGGAGCAUCAGCAGUAACCUUAAAAAGUACGAGAAAUUUGACGAAAGCGUUACGAAAAGCUUUACCGGACAAGUCUUAUACGGGCUAGAGUAUAUCCAUUCUAAGGGCAUCAUACAUAGAGACAUCCAAGGAGCUAAUAUCCUCGUGGAUCACAGGGGCACCUGCAAAAUAUGCGACUUCGGCAUCUCCACACGCGUAGAAGAUGCUAACGAGCGCUAUUCCAUGAUGUCCAUGGCAGGUACCGUCUUCUGGAUGGCGCCUGAGGUAGUCAACCCAGGGCAACACGGAUACAACUGUAAGGUUGACAUCUGGUCCCUCGGCUGUCUCGUGGUUGAGAUGUGGGGUGGGGAGCGCCCAUGGUAUGGUCACGAAGCGAUGGAGGUCGUAGUGACGUUGUAUCGCGACAAGCGACCACCGUCUCUUCCUGAGAGCCUCGUGUUGGACGGUGCAGCUGAAGAGUUCAACAAGGCAUGCUUUCAGAUUGAUCCUGACAAGCGACCCAGCGCGGCAGAGUUGAGAAAGCACCCGUAUCUCGAGUUGCCGCGGCAUUGGGAGUUCGCAGGCUUUGUAUGA